CCCCUGUGAGGCCGAGGGCACCCCUGAAGAGGAGACCUGUAAGUAGCCUUUGUCAGAGCCCCCCACGGUGGGUUUCUCAGCCCGGGCCACUGACACUCCCUUUCUUCCCCAGGCCCGUGGGUCCCCAUCUGUCACCCCUGCCCUCGCUGCUCUCAGCUGCCCGACACCACUCACCGUGCCUCCCGUUCAGAUGCGUGACCUCCACCACACUGAAGCCGACUUUCACGACCCAAGAGAGGCUGAGGAUUCCGAGGAUGAGCAGGACAUUUGGGUUGAGGAGGAGGAGGGCGCAUCCCCGUUGUCUCCCUCCUCCUCCUCCUCCUCCUCCUCCUCCUCCUUCUCCUCCUCGUCUUCCUACUCAGUCCUGUUCCUGGGCAGUGGCGAGGAGGUGGCUGAUUCUGGGACACCCAGUCCCGCGCAGAGCCCUCAGGGUGUCUGCCCCUCCCCCACAGCCGUGGCAGCCCCUCCCUGGAGCCAGUCGGAAGACAAUGGCCUCAGAAGCCAAGGUGAGGAGGGGCCCAGCACCGGGCAGGACCCGGCAGAUGCCGAGUCCCGGCUCCACGAUGCAUUACAUUUGAUGAUGGUUGACCUGAUGGGCUUCCUGCUCCACAAGUACCGCACAAAGCAGCCGACCUCAAAAGAGGAAAUGCUGAAUGCGGUCCUCAGAGAUGACCAGGACCACUUCCCUGCGGUCUUGAGCCAAGCCUCUGAGUGUCUGCAGCUGGUCUUUGGGGUGGAUGUGAAGGAGGUGGACCCCAGGGAGCACUUGUAUGUCCUGGUCCCCACCCUGGGCCUCACCUACGAUGGCAUGCAGGACGAUGGGCAGAGCAUUCCCAAGACUGGCCUCCUGCUGAUACUUCUGGGUGUGAUUGUCCUGGAGGGCGACUUUGCUCCUGAGGAGGCAGUCUGGGGAGCACUUAGCAAGAUGGGGCUGUGUGCUGGGAGGGAGCACUUCAUCUAUGGGGAGCCCAGGGAGCUCAUCACCAACGUGUGGGUGCGGGAGGGGUACGUGGAGUACCGGCAGGUGGCCAACAGCGAUCCCGCUCGCCACGAGUUCCUGUGGGGUCCCCGGGCCUACACGGAGACCAGCAAGCUGCAAGUCCUGGAACAUUUCCUCAGGAUCAAUAGAAGGGGUCCCAGUUCUUUCCCGUCCCUGUCUGAAGAGCGAGUGAGUGAUGAGGAAGAGGGGGCCUGAGCCAGACUUGCAGCUGGGCUCCUUCUAGGCCCCUGUCCGGCAGCUUCUCCUGCCGGGCAGGAAGUGAGGCUGACUCUUCACUGUGUGUCUGAGGAGC